AAUUAACAAAACAAAGGAUCAGGCACUCAGGCAGGGAGAAGAAAAGGUUGGCCGGCGUUAAUUUUGAUUGCCGAUAUUGAUCCGCCGAGAUUAAUUUGUAAACGUAUUGGGAGAUUCAGUCAUAGUCAAACUCAUUUUUUCUAUUGUCAAGUAGUAGUAUAUAUGAAAAGUUUUGUAUUGUGACUAUUGUCGAUAUCACUUAAUCCUAAACCCGGGAAUUCUGUUUUCCUUUUUCACAAUCAAAAUUAACCAACCAAUUCUCCAAUAAAACGUACUAAAAAUUCAAUCACCGUUGCUAUGAGAUUAAUACUAGUAUUACUUUUUUACUUUCAUUUUAAAAUUUUAAUCUCCCAGUAAAUAAAAUCUAAAUAAGUUAAUUUUCCCACAAGUACUCAUAAAUUAAUGAGUAGUUAUCUUGUUCACUAAGUCUUAAUUAUUCUGUUGAAGCACAAAGGUCACGGAUUAUAAAGACCCUGUAAUCUUCAAUUCCUCUGUGCUCAUUGCUUAAUCCUCAAAAUCUGUUCUUCGCUCAUUCCAGAAAAUUAAAUCAUGUCUACUGAAAUUUCGUACCAAAAAGCUUCAUAUCCACCAUGGUAUUCACCCGAAACAGGGAUUUACCGCAGCAAACACCCUUCGGUUCCCCUUCCUUCCGACCCUUUUCUGGACGUUGUUUCCUUCCUUUUCUCGCACCAGCACGAUGGCCUCACCGCCCUUAUUGAUUCCUCAACUGGGUUCUCUCUAUCUUACUCAAAGAUUCUUCCUUUAGUCAAAUCCAUGGCCAGUGGUUUGCACCAAAUGGGAGUUUCUCAGGGCGAUGUUGUCUUGAUUUCUGUCCCCAAUUCCAUCCAUUUUCCCAUCAUUUUCCUUGGGAUUCUGGCCGUUGGUGCAGUUGCCACUACCAUUAAUCCUCUCAGUACCCUUUUAGAGAUUAAAAAGAAUGUUCUUGACUGUAAAGCGUCUUUUGCCUUCUGUUUGCCUGAAAGAGUUGAUGAACUCAGUGCUGCAUUAGGCUUUCCUGUUAUUGGGGUUCCCAGUACUGAACACUUGAUGUCUUCUUCUGAAUCCAAGGAUUCAGCUUUUUUUAAGUUGAUUUCAAGUGAUCCCAAUUUGGCACCAAGGCCUAAAAUCAGGCAGCAAGAUGCUGCGGCGAUACUGUACUCAUCAGGCACAACUGGUGCCUGUAAAGGUACAGUGUUAAGUCAUCGCAAUUUCAUAGCGUCAGUGGUCCUGUUUGUGAGGUUCGAAGCCUCCACUUACGCCGAUUCGCCGAGUAGUAAUGUCUACUUGGCCUGUGUUCCCAUGUUCCAUGUCUAUGGACUUAUACUCUUCGUGAUGGGAUUGUUGUCAUUGGGUACCAGCAUUGUGGUGAUCCGGAAAUUCGAUGCUGAUGAAAUGGCUAGGGCCAUUGAUAGAUAUGGUGUGACUCAUUUUCCACUUGUUCCUCCUCUACUGCUGAAAUUGACAAAAUUGGCUAAGGAGAAUGCUUCUGGUUAUAGCUUCAAGAGUUUAAGGCAGGUUGCAAAUGGUGCUGCCCCUUUGACUAGAGACAGCAUACAUGAUUUUGUUCGAACAUUUCCUCACGUGGAUUUCAUUCAGGGAUAUGGAAUGACAGAGACAACUGCAAUAGGAACCCGGGGCUAUAACACUGCAAAAUUUCACAAGUAUGAAUCUAUAGGACUUCUUGCUCCUUCUGUCCAGGCCAAAGUCGUAGAUUGGACUACCGGUGAACUUUUACCUCCCGGUAAGGCCGGCGAGCUCUGGCUACGUUCCCCCGGUAACAUGAAAGGAUAUUUAAAUAAUGAGGAGGCAACUAAGUCUACAAUAAAAAAAGGUGGUUGGCUGCGGACUGGUGAUAUUGUGUUGUUUGAUAAAGAUGGUUACUUGCAUGUGGUUGAUCGAUUGAAAGAGAUUAUCAAAUUUAAAGGUCUACAGGUACACAAUUCAGUUCUGUUGUCAGAUUCAUUAUUUCCCCGGCCGGCUCCAUAUAUAUAGAGUAUAGAGUUGUGGUACUUAAGCCCCUCCAUUUGUGCUUUGUAGAUUGCACCUGCUGAUUUGGAAUCUGUACUGGUGUCCCAUCCACAAAUUGUUGAUGCUGCAGUAAUCGGGUGAGUUUUGUAUUACAUGUAUUAGUAGUAAUAGAAAGUGAGAUCAGAAAGUUCUUAUAACAUUCAUUAUGAAAAAUAUUUUCUUUGUUUGCUUAUUGUGAUUGCUAUAAUAUAAAUUCAAUCAUUAGAGCAAGAGAUGAAGAAGCUGGUGAGAUUCCGGUGGCAUUUGUAGUCAGAAAAGAUGGCACUAGUGGAGUUUCGGAGGCGGCCGUGAUUGACUUUGUAGCAAAGCAGGUUCAACAAAAAUUAAUCUUCUUUUUUUUUUUUUUAAUAAAUUUUCCUUUCUUUUUUUUUUUUUAAACAAAUCAUGAAAAUGACUAUCAUCUUAAUUUUUUUUUUUUUAAAAGCACAAAUCUAGAUUUCGGUCCAAGACUUUUUCUCAUAUUUAAUUCGUUUACACAUUUUUGUUGGGCAUGCAGGUGACACCUUACAAAAGGGUCAGGAAGGUGUACUUCAUCAAUUCAAUACCAAGGUCUGUUUCGGGAAAGAUACUCAGAAGGGAAUUAAAGAAUUUACUCAUUUCCAAACUAUAGUUCUUAGACCUCAUUUGUUUGUAAUCGAGAUAUAUACAUAUGGCUGUUUGUAAUUCUUGAUUCAUGUUUGAUUGGUGUUUGUGAUUCUUGGUAAGAAAUUGUUUAAGCUAGAAUAAUUGAUGAUCGAUCUAAUCUACACGCAUUGUGAACUUCCGAAUUUACUCUCAAAUAUUUGUUGGCACAAAAAUUCCUCAUGCUUUAGCAAAAACUAUUGUUUCUUUUUGGUGAAUAUAUCUUUGUUCAAAGAAAAAUAUGAUUCCACUCAAUGCGUUCCUUUAAAUAAAUAAUAUUAACUGCAUGCAAGAGGACCGAAUCGUAUGCAUGCAAUUUAUAUCACACAACUCCUUUCGCGCUUACGACUGAACUUGUUUUUAG